CAAACGGCCGGAUUUCACGUGAGAUUAAACUGUUAUCUGCGUUCACGUUGUGUUUGUUUUACUUCUCAUUGCGGUGCAUAUCAUCUAGAUAAGAUCAUUAGAAAUGCAUCGACACGGUUUGUUGUGCAAACUUUGCGCCCUUCUAAUGAUCCACAUUGAGGCUGUGGCCAAAUGUCAAGUGGGAAACGAACAGGAUGUCCACACGUCUGCAGGACCUCACGAGCGAAAUGCGUUCUAUGCCUUGCGAAGCUGCCACCAGGUCCUUCAUGGUGAUAGCGGUGAGUUCUUUUCACCCGACUACCUGUGCUCGAAUCCUGCGCUCUGGUGCAACUGGACCAUCCAGGUGCAGCCUGGGAAACGUGUACAGAUCUACCUCGAGGACCUGACACCAGAGCACAUGUGCCACCUGAAGACCGAUCAGAUCCACCUGGAUGAGUCUUCAGUGUCAAAAAGAGAGAACCGCAUCCUGGAGCGCUGCUGGAGCAGCAGCAUGUACACGUCCAUCUCAAACACGGUGCAUGUGGUGCAGCUCAUCCGCUCAAACCCGAACCCACCACACCGGGGGUUUUAUGGGGUGUACCAAGCCUUCGGGCUGCCAAGAGCUCCAGAUGUAAAUAAAGAUGUGUCGGAGAAAGAACAAGUCAAAAUCGAAAAAGCGGAAGCCAAAGACGCAGUGACAAAGAUCCCUAAACAGAAAACCAUCUCAAAUGAUCUGGAGGAAAAUGUUUACGAUGUUGAGGAUAUCCGAGUCAGCCACAACAUCGACCCUCAGACGAAUGAGGUUCUUACGGCCACAAACGGACCUUUUAGAGAGAGCCGGAGGAUCAGAGGGGGAGCUAAGAACCAAAAAGUACCCUUUCAUGGUCCCGUAACUCUGCAUGAUGUUGAGGAGAGAGUUUCAGCUCCAACUGGAAAACCAAACUGGGAAACUGUUAAGUACACCCCGAUGUAUGAUGAUGAACCACAUGACUCCCUGGCUCCCACUUACACCACAGUCUCCAUCUUCACAUCCAGUGGUACCACAGUGACACAGUCCACCAAAAAGAGAGUGGCAAAAAGAAAGCCGGUUCUCACGCAGUCGUCUACCACAACUGUUAACGGGACGAAAAAUGAGGUUCCACACUUCAGCCAAGUGGCCACUCAAAAUCCUGAUCAUCCAUCUGAGCCCUUGAAGGCAGAGCCGCCAACUCCGCUGCUUGAAGAUGUUGGUCCGGUCUCCAUGGAAACUGACGAUGCUUCUGAAGAGCUUGCAGAGAACAGGUCAAAAAAGAUUCAACAAUCUCACAGAAUAAAAGGGAAAUCUCUUCCAGCCCAAAACUUCAGACUUGCAACUGAAUCCUCACCUUUUCCAGGCGACUGCAGCAGGACUUCAGUCCCCUCGCUCCUGUAUGCCGUGUGUUUCCUGCUCUGCUUCCUUAUCGUGCUGCUGAUGGUGGCACUGGGUGUGAUGUAUCGCCGUUCCCACCAUGGGACUUUUCUGCCCCGUUGCCGAUGCAGCAGCAGCAACUUCUCGGACAAUGACGUCAACAACAACCCGAACUCAGGAAGUGGUGAUGACCGAAGUACCUCCAGAUCCCUCCCACCACCACCACCACCCCUCCGCCUGGCUGGUGGAGCCCAUGACCUUCCCCUGCUCCGGUUCAGCCCUCUGACACCACCUGAUGGAUUUGAGGGCAAACCUCAGAAGGAGCUUUGAGCUUGCGUCGAACUGCACUGAAAUAAUUUGGCAAUUGGACUUUUGAAGCAUCAGUUUUGUUUAGUUUUUUAUCUAUUUUUUUAGAGUGUGUUUUGUUUUCAUUUCUGAAAACUUUCAUUUCUGCUCGAUUCAGCAUUAUUCAUCAUUUCUAUGCAAGUAUAUUUGCAAGUAUUCCUAAUUUCAUUGAUUUAAGUUUGUCCUAAUUUUAUGUAUAUGAAUAUGCUUACAAAAAGCACUGGAACUGCUCCCGUUGUCCUGCGUGUACUUGUGCACUGCGCACCAGUCUCCUUAAAGUAUUAAAAAUCAGGUGUAGUUUCUAAUGUUUCAGAGCCACCUGAUGUUUCCCAAGUAAUAUGCAUUUGAAAUAAAAA